AUGCACUACAUCCGGCUGCCGUACACCGUCCAGAUCCUCGUGGUCGGCAUCGUGAUCGGGUUGAUCUUGGAGUUCACGGAUCAGUCCACCCUGGGGUCGGACCUGUCCACCUCCCUCGACACGAUCCGGUUCAUGAACCCCGAGAUAAUCUUUUACGCGCUGCUGCCGAUCCUGAUCUUCGAGUCGGCGUUCUUCACGGACGUGCACAUUUUCCUGAGAGAGAUGUGGCAGGUGCUCGUGCUUGCCGGCCCAGGGGUAUUGGCGGCGACGAUCAUGAUGGCCGUCUUCUCAAAGUAUGUGUUCCCUUACGACUGGGACUGGAACACCUGCCUCUUCUUCGGAGCCAUGACCAGUGCAACCGAUCCGGUAGCUGUGGUCGCGCUCAUGAAGGAACUCGGUGUGUCGGAGCGACUGGCCGUCCUGAUCGAGGGGGAGUCGUUGCUCAACGACGGAACCUCCAUCGUGGUGUUCUCCGUCUUCUUCGACGCGUCUACGGGGAUAGGCUCGACGUCCGUGGGCCACGUUGUGACUCAGUUCGUGCGCCUGGGUCUUGGGGGCCCCGCGGUUGGCUUCUUCACGGGCAUGAUCGGGUCUUUCGCCAUCGGCUACAUCCUGGAAGACCACCUGAGCGAGAUCACGUGCACCGUGGUGGUCUGCUUCAGCGCCUUCCUCCUGGCCGAGGCCACUCCUCUCAGGGAAUCUCUCCGCGAGUUCUGGUCCCUCUGGGGAUACAUGGCGAACACCGUCAUCUUCUUCCUGACGGGCCUCACCGCGGCCACGAAGGCCUUCGGCAGCGACAGCACCAUCCAGGCCAGAGACUGGGGCUACCUGGUGCUGCUGUGGGUGGCGUGCCACAUCGUGCGAGGCUUCGUCAUCUGCGCGUCCUACCCGGUCCUCAAGCACGGGUAUGGGACGAAUUGGCAGCAGAAGUUGGUGCUGACCUACGCCGGGGUGCGGGGGGGGGGGGGGCUUACCCUUGGGCUGAUCGUCCAGGAAAACGAGGCUAUUGACGAUGAUGUCGGGGACAUGGUGAUGUUCAUGAUCGCCGGCCUCGCCAUAAUGACUCUCCUCAUCAACGGCACCACCUGCGGGAAGCUUCUCAGCUACUUCCGCAUGGACAGGGCAACGAAGGCUCAGACGGAGAUCUUCAUCAGAGCUUGCUCGGCCGUGGAGUCCAAGCUAGAGCACGUCGUCGAAGAGCUCAAGAAGGACCGUUUCCUUGGCGACGCCGAAUGGCCGGUUGUAUGGAGGUACGUGCCGAUUAUGACGUCAAGGGUGUACUGGCACCGCAUUCGGUACGGUAGCGUGGUCCUGGCCAAGGGCGAAGACGAAGAGAUCAGCCAAUCACAACCCUCUGGGUUGAGUUCGGCUACCGCGUCGGCGAUGCUGUCCUUGCUGCCCGGAAACGGCGGCGGGGGCGCCGGGCGCUUCACCCACCUCCCCCCCCGGCUUCGGGCCACCUGGCAGAGUUACCACAGGAAGUUUCACGUGACGGAUCUCGUAGAAAAGGAGGGAGGCGUCCAUCGGGUGGUCGAUGACAAUCUCGACACCGACUACGGCAACGAAAAUUACCACGCCCUCGACAACACCGUCCACAUCAUGCCCUCGUCGGGCAUCGUGUCCGCCCCAUCCGGCGGCGAGUCCGGAAAGGGGAAGAGGGGGGGGAUCCGUGGACUCGUCAGUCAAAAGAUGAGUGGGCUCGGAAAGUCCACUUCUUUGGCUCGGAGCAGCAGCAACAGUGACCUGGGAGGCUCACAUCAACGCCGCUCCAAGACUGGGCUCGACACCUCCGGGCACGGGCUGAAGGUGCUCUCUUCUUCCCGACCCGGUCUGGAUCUGUCCAGAAGGAGUCGGGGGAGCGUAACCCUCGAUGAUGGCGAUGGGCUCAGGACCAAGAUGACCAGGGGGGCGAGCCACGGGGCCAUGUCCCCCCUGGACGACAAUCAGGCCAUCGUCCGACCGGUCUCCGGCAGAGUCUCCUCCCACUUCGCCGCCCGCCUGGGUAACAACUCCAACGCCGGCAGGCGCUCGACGAUCGGGGGGGACGCGCUCCUGGGGCACGGGAGCAUGCACCGGGGGCUCGCCGCCGCCGGCAGGCGGGGAGGGGGGUUGAGCACUACGGACGCGAAAGUCGCUAAGGAGAUCGAGGCUACGAAGAGCGGGCUCAGCCUGGCGAGGGAGCAGCUCAAGCGAGUUGAUGCCAAGCUAAAGGCUGCGGUCAGGGAAGCUGAACAAGCUGCCGACGAGCAGCAAGCGGCCGCAGCUAAGACGACCUCCUCGGCGAUCGUCAGUCAGCACCUGCGGCAGGAGAGCCAGACCGCGGCUGCGGCGGCGGCAACGCUGCAGCGCGUUUCUGCGGUGUCUGGCGCCGGUGUUAGCCAUGGGGGCGGCAAGGCUGGGGCGCAGCCGCCGUUCGGGCCCAGGCUCAGGCCGAGCGUGAGCAACGCGUCAAGGUUCAGUCGUUCGGCUAAGGAGCAGCAGGAGCAGCUCGCCGAGGCCCGUCUGCGCUUCGUUGGCGCCGUCAAGGCGAACUACCAGGACAACUUCCGCAAGGGGUGGCUCAGCGACUCCGGCCUUCGAGUCCUCAUGGGAAACGCCGAUGUUCAGCUGGACGACAGUUACGCCGCCCUCGAGGAGUGGGCGAGGCUAAGGGAGUCCUUCACUAUCCCGGAAUACCAGCUCAACAUGGCCUCGGCGCUCAGGCACCUGCCAAUCAUCGGGCAGAUCGUGGGAGGCUGGAUCUUCAAGAAGCUUGCCUUCGUGUUCGAGCUGGCGUCCAACUUCAUCGCUGCCCACGAGGACAUCGACAUCCUCGAGCUUCUUCCUGAGGGUGAUGCGGCGAACCAGCUUGCUCGGGAGAACCUGAAGCAGCUCGACGACGCCUCGGGAACCCUAGGACAUCAACUCCCGGCCUUCCCGGAGGUGGCGGCGAGGUUUUUGCUUGCCAAGCACAGGGAGUUCGUUCACGAGAUGUUCCUGGACGGCUUGCUCAACGAGAAGGAAGCCGAGACGACUCUCCACGUGAACACUGAGUUCAAGAUCAAGCUCGACGACCACCCCUACGCGGAGCACCUACCCCCACGGGCAGUCAUGCUGGCCAAGGUUCCUUUCCUUAAGAGUCUCAGCGAGGAUCAAGUCGUCCAAGUUGUAAACGACGACCGUUUCUGUCAGGAAGAGCUGCACGGCUCCAACGUCGUCCUCCUGCGGCAGAGCGAGCGCGUAAAGCACUCGGGCCACAACAAGGGCACCACCGGCUGGUACUACAUCGUGCGCGGCUCCGUCCAGAUGGUCACCGUAUCACAGGAGCGAGAUUCUUCCAGCGAGGCACCGCACGCCUCCGGUGCGGGUCGAAAAGGGGGGCUUUUCAUGGGGGGGGACGGCCACACGACAGCCGCAGGCGGUUUUGAGGGAGAGGGCGGCUCGAGUGUGAAGAUCAAGGAGCACCCGUUGCACGCAGGCGCGGUGUUUGGGAUGACGGACUCGAUGCUGGGGCUACCCUUCCGGGCAACAUACACCUCCACCUCCUUCGUCCAUCUCUUCUUCUUCGACCGGACAUCCUUCCUGUUCGAGGCUCUCGCGAACGAGGACCUGAACCGUUCCCUCUGGAGAACGGUCGGCGUCUCGGUCCUCAGAAAGUUCUACGGGUUCCACUGCCUCCGGCUGCAGGAGCUGCAGAAGAUGGUCCAGAACGCGGAGUUCGUGGACGUGAUGCAGGAGGGCGUGGGAGUGGUCACCACACAAAACGAGUACAAGGUGGAAGCGCUGCGUGCGAAGGCGGCCUCUCGCGCGGGCCUGUCGCACUCCAACAGCAGCCUCAGCGAGCUGAACAGUGCGGCCGAGGGAGCAGCGCCGGAGGUGUUCAACUCCGCGUUCCAGGACUCGACCGACGACGACGGCCGGAUCCACAUUCACCAGCUAAAGGAGAAUGAACGCGGAGGCAUCGCCAAGACCCUGAGCAACAUGGGACUGUACAACAUGGACAUGGACAGGAUGACCGACGAGUCGCUUGCGGAGGCGGCCACCCUGCUCACACCCCACUCCAGCUCCAACCAGACACUCAAGGUGGUAGACGUCGAGCCGAAACGGCUGGUUCUUCUGGUGAAGGGACAGCUGCUGCCGCGGCCCCCUACCGACUCACACCCUGCGGUGGAGAUGCACAUGGCCCCGUGCCUGCUCACGGACGUCUGUGGCCGCCUGGUGUUCAGCAAGGACACCAAGAUGUUCCUCAUCCCCGUCAGCGUGGUGGAGAAGUCCAAGAAGUACACCUCCGCGAGGAGGACUCGGAGGGAGAAGACUGCACACAGACAGGACACUAUCCAGGAUCUGAACGAGCACCGCCUCCCCGGAGCUAGGCACGUCGGGAAUGAUGAGAUGGACCAGAUCAAGCAGGACGCCCUGGGGGUCGGGGCAAGGACAGACCUCAACGCACGACAGGCGCUCACCCGCAAACACAGCGAGAUGGCCAGGCGGGCAAGCGAAACGGCUUUCUACGAGGAUGACGGGGCCCGCUCGACGUCUACGCCAGAGCACGGGGGUGACGGGGGUUCCGUGGAAGGGGGCUCCGCGGUGGUCGAAGACGCAGAGGCGGGGAUAGCCCCGCGAAAGUCUUUCGUGAUGAAGCGCGUGUGGGGCGGCAUGAAGAUGGUCGAGGUGGACGAACACGGGCACCCGGUGGCGAAGGCCCAGCUAGGGGCCAUCAUGGAGGAACGCGAGCGCGCGUCGAGCACGGUGUCCAACUCGGCGAGACCGGACCAAGAAGGGGGUGGUAAAAGCGGCGGUACUGGCACGGGAGGGCUGGCGACCUUAAGAGGAAGGCUGGGAUCGGCCAGCAACAUCAUAAGCGCGCGCGUGCGACGCAGCUCUAGCGCCUCCACCUGGGAGGGCGACGAGAAGGAGGCCGAGUCGGUACAGGACGGUAAAUACAACGAGAGACCACCAGUGGACUAGGAGACGCCUGGGGGGGGAAGCAUGCGUCUGGGAUUUGUAAGACGCAGCCACCACCUUUUGAUUGACUCCGUUUGGGGAAAGGGGGGGUUAUAGGUUUGUUUUCCCUUGAGAGUUGCUGGCGUGAACGAAGAUUAUCCUAUUGGGAAGAAGGGUUGGAAAUGGCGCUGCGGACAUCGCCACCGUUUUGGACUUGUACGGGGGGUUACGUCCCCUUCCUUCUGGCGGGGAGGGGGGCGCAUCGCCUCCUUGGUGGAUUGUCUACCGCACGGGGAGAAUGAAGACGAAACUUGCCCUCCUGAUGGCCAUGGGAUGGGGGAGAAAGAGUCCCCUCCGAUCGCAGAACCGAUGCGAUGAUACCCUGAGGCUGUCAGAGGCAGUGGUCAAUUCUACCACCAUCGGGCUUUUGGAGAAGAGAGUAGGCUUCCCGGCCUAAGCCUUGGGUUGUUUUUUCGACUGUUUUGCAUCUGUCGCACUUUUUGCGUCCCUCCGUGCCAAGCAUACAGCAUUUUUUGCGUUGUCUUGUCGUGUUUAGAUUUUGCAUUGCCUGUGCUAUGCGUAUAGGUAUUCUAUCUUGUGGUCGUGUAUACAUUCUGAACGUUACGCUGCAGUGGGGCCGCCUUGUGACGGGGCCUGAACAUCCCGUCGUUUCGCGAAGUGAACGUUGUCUACAUUUAACCUUAGGUGAUGUAGAUGGACGACAAUGGGCGAGAGGGGAUGAUGCCCCGAGUGGUGCUGAUUCCCCCAUUUUGCCAAAAGCUUUCAGCACUCUACCGUGCAUAUUUCUUCGGUUGGUUGAUAAAUGCAACCCCUCGUACAACAAUUGGUGGCUGUUGUAGUUGUGACACACGGCGGUUCCUUGGCAUGCGUGCGCGAGAGACGGCAUGAGUGACACACGCACGCUCAGGGCCAAAUCCAUCAGCGCCGCUGUUUCCCCUUGUGUUAGAGGCGUGUUCCUUUGUAUUGUUAUGACUGCGUCUGGGCGAACACCUGCGCUCGUUCAUGUUCGCAGACGCACACUGGUCUCAGAAAGAGAUCCUCCGUGCUUUUUUCGCCAGGUAGUGGUAUGAACGGGUGUCAGUGGUACACCAGAUUCCGUGUCUUCGCCGAAACACUCCAGUAUGUAUUUGGUUUAGCAUAAGGAUAUGUUGAGAUGAUCAGGUUAUUAGAAUUACAGUAGUAAUUCUCCCCAGGAGAUAUUUGACAAUUUUUUAUCAAUACCAGGCAUCAGGACGAC